GUGUCCCCACAAGUUUAGUCAGAUCUUAUUUUUGUGUCGCUCAUGGCUAGCUGUCCUGUUUUUCAUGAACGUCUGUGUUUGUUCAUAGGCUCGACUGCAAUUAAGCAGCACCCUGAUGAAGGUACAUUUAAAGCUUACUGACCCAAUUAUCCACUGACACUUUGAGAUGACAAGUUUGUACAAUUGACCCUAAAACGAAAGACAUGAAUCUGUAAAAGGAGAAAUCCAGCUGCCAGGAACAAGUGAUCUACAAAAUACAGACAUGAAUGAGACACAAAUGACACAUGAUCUUGUCAGUGCACUUCUUGAAGGUGGACCCGCAGUCGCAGUUUUGCUUGCUUUCACAAUCGGAGGCGCACUUGCUGGUGCAGUCGCAGCUGCACUCGAAGGCACAAUCAGACGUGGAUUUGGAUUGACUGGCGCAGGAAUGACCAUCAGUUGCAGUUUAACAGGCAUACUCGGUGGCUCAGUGGGGGCCAUAGUUGGAUGCAUGCUGACACACAUGGUGACAGAUUCUACCACGGUCGGAGGCGCUGUCGGAGGCAUAAUGACACUCGCAUUCACAGCUGCUGGUGCUACCGUGGUCUGGGGCUUUAUCGGUCUCAUAAUCGGAGCCACUUUCAGAGGCAUGCUGACUCUCACAGUCACAGUUACAGGUGCUGCUUCGGUCGGAGGCGCAAUCGGAUUCAUAUUCGGAAGUGCAGUCGGAGGCAUACUAACUCUCGCAGUCAUAGCUACAGGUGCUGCUGCAGUCGGAGGCGUAAUCGGACACAGACUCGGAAGCGCAGUCGGAGGCACAGUCGGAGGCACAGUCGGAGGCACAGUCGGACACGCUGUCAGAGGUGCAAUCAGAGGUGCAGUCGGUGGCAUACUGACACUCACAGUCACAGUUACAGGUGCUGCUGCGGUUGGAGGUGCAAUCGGAUUCAUAUUCGGAAGCCCAGUUGGAGGCAUGCUGACACUUACAGCUGCAGGUGCUACCGCUGUUGGAGGAAGAGCAGUGGCACUCAGAGACCCAGAUGCAGUGGCACUCAGAGAUCCAGGUGCAGUGGCACUCAGAGGCACACUGAGAGACACAGAUGCAGUCGAAUUCUCAUUCAGACUCGUGUUAGUUGGAGUCAUAUUCCUCGCUGCAGCAUCUUUGUUUCUUUACAUUAUCUUUGGGGAUGAGCAGGAGGAGGAACUGAGAGAGAUGGAGGAGAGACGGAGGAAGUGGGCAAUGAAGAAUUGGCUCAGAGUGAUAGAGGAGACACUGAAGAGAGAGAUGGAGGAGAAACUGAAACAGAUGAACUGGUGGAGGAGGAUAGAGAUGAAGAGCAAACUUAGGAAAGAGCUCGAGGAGAAACUGAGUGAGAUCAGGAAGACACUGGAGGUGGAGACGUCAAGUGAGAUAAAGACAAUGUGGAAGAAGAUGGAGAAGAAACUGAGGCAGCUGCAGGAGGAACGGAUGAGGAACGUAAAGGAGGAACUGAAGAGGUUUGUUAUUUAUUUGAAAAUACAGAGAAAAUGUAAAUUUCCAUUCGACACCUCACUCCUGACCAGGUCACACUGUCACGUGAGUCUGGCAGCUAGGGUUCUCCAGACCAGCUCAAAGGCAGGUCAUAAAAAUGAUAGGAACGCCACAUCAACAUUGCUGUUUCCUCACAGUAAACAGUGGUCUAGAUAUAUUUUUUAAAAUAAUAAUUACUUUUGCCUUUCUGAGCUGAACAAGCAAAUGAAAACUGAAGUUUAUCAUCAAUGAUUUCCCCACAUAAAUACAAAGAGAAGUACACCUGUUACACUCAACCUUACAAAGGUUAGACAUAAUAAUAAUAAUAGACAAGGACAUUUUUACAUUUCACAAUGUGAGCAAAAUAAUUUACACAAACACCAAAAUAACAUUUUAUUUCAGCUUUUAAAAUGUAUACAUUUUCAAUUCUGAUACACUACUGGGGUCGUAUUCACAAAGCUGAUUUAAGUCUAAGAAAUUCAUAAGUCAUCAAUUUGGACUUAAGUCUUAUUCACAAACGAGUCGUAAUGGAAUUUUGGUCGUAAGUAAGGUCUUAACUUUAGGACUACCCUGGAUUAAGUCCAGAUCUGCCAUUGAAACAACUUUUUUUUUUUUUCUGCCAUGGCUCGACAGGUGAUAGAUGAUUUAUUUAUUUAUUUAUUUAUUAUUUAUCCAGAUGACAAUUGCUCUAAGCGUGUUUUUGUAGACAGGGGAACCCUGUUGUAAUUUUCUAGCGAAACUGAAUUGAGAAGCCAAUACCAUUUUAAGAGAUGGUCAAUUGACACCCUAACAAAUAUUUCACAUACCGAUCUAUCACCAUGAACUAACGCAAGCAGUGCAAUUCCAGGUUUGUUACAGGUGAUUUUUCUAUUACAGUAUUAAAUAUGUCAUUGCAAUGUAGAUCAUACCAUUAACAUUAUAACUAUAAUUAGGGUUAUAAAUCUAUGUUUCAUUUAUAACAAGCAUCAACAAAAGCACGGCUUGAGAGGAAUGCAGACUUCAUCAGCAGAGGUAGAAACACACAAAGUAAUACCAGCUCCUUUAUAAUUUUGUGUUUGUUAUCUAUAGCGGGUUUUUUUUAUUUCUCAGUACUAGAUUAUCAAAAAUGUAUUUUGACGUUUUAUUUUUACUUUCCACAGCUAUAAUACAAACAAACAAAUCUACAGCCUGUGUUCCCUUAUUCCAGUGUCUACUGUUUCUUCACCUGUUUUCUCCUCUGCCUGACUACUCCAUUACCAUAAACUAU